UCAGCUCCUACCCAUGUCUCACUGGUGUUGUCCAGCUCCCUCACUACGUCGCCCGGAAAGUGUGUGUCAGUCUACCUGCGAGGAGACAGUGGCGUCAGAUGUACAGGCUGGUGGAGUACAGGCUCCUCGUCCAAGGACUCUUCUACAGGCUGGUCUCCAGCCUCGCCUCCGUCACUCCCACCAUACACACCUGCAAACGUGCUACAAUAUUGAGGAAGUCUGUGGUGGUGCCCGUGUGCCUGAUCGCGACCGUCCUCCUCUUCUACAGUUGUCUCCUGAGCUUCCAGCCGCUCUCCCUCCUCUUCUACUUCCUCCCGGGGUGUUAUGUGGUCUCAGGAGGUGACGGCUCGCAGAAACACACAUCUCCAGCUCACUUCGUCAUCGAAGAGUCUGAUUUCUGUCAUCGUCGACCCGACCUUUUCAUUGUAGCGUACGUGCACUCGUCCAUCGCAUCCGUUGAGAAGAGGAUGGACACGCGGACGACGUGGGCCUCGGCAGGAGCCUACGAUAGCAAUGUGAAGAUGGCAGUGGUGUUCAUGGUGGGGCUAGCCAAGACGACAGAGGAGCAAAACAUUGUUAACCAGGAAAGUAUACUCUUCCGUGACAUUGUGCAGGGUAACUACACUGACACUUAUCACCUGUUGAGCCACAAGGCUCUUACGUCGCUGCAGUGGGUGACGCAACACUGCUCUCACGUCCCCUGGAUACUCCAUGCUGACGACGACGUCCUCAUCGACAUCUUCCUCCUCAGCAAGUUCCUAGAGUCCAGCGCCUCUCCUCACAGUUUUUUGUGCUACACCUGGGAAACCUCAGAGGUGAGGCGGAUUGGACGGUGGUGCGUGAGGCCAGAGGAGUUUCCGGAGUCCAUGUAUCCUCCAUACUGUGGUGGUGGAGCAUGGGCCAUGGCUACGCCUCUUGUCUCGCGUCUUCUUAAAGCUGCCACCCACGCCCCAUUCCUCUGGGUAGAUGAUGCAUAUAUCACUGGCGUCUUGGCUAAAUACGCCGACGUUGGACACUCCAACGAGUUGAAAAAGUAUAUCAGGAGAGAAGGCAUCGCUGAGGACGACUUGGGGAAGAUGAUGAUAUGGUUUGAACUGAAUGACUCUAGAAAGAAAUGGUGGCUGAGGCUUCUCUUGCACCACAAGUAUCUAGUUUUAUAGUUCAUGGCAUAGUUCAGUGCCCCUCACGUUUUAGGGAGAGGCAGAGAAGGUAGGAUAUUUGGUCGAAAGCCCAAAUGAGUUUUCUGAUUUCUUUGCAUGCAGUAUGUUCAAAACUCUCAUUUCGAAGUAAAUUUGAAUGUUCUCAAGACCAACGAGGGAACUGGAGCAGGAAGGAAUAGGGAGUAAUUAUGUAUUUUAAUAUUUUUAACUAACAUUUCUCGUAAGUUGGUGUCAGAAAAGUAGUGGGAAACAAAUGAACAGCGAUUGAUGGGAUUCCCCCCCUCCCUCAAUCAUCAUCCACUCCGAUUAGUUAGAUGUCACAGUGACUUUUUGUGUGUACAAAUAAGUUACUCGUGAUAAACUGGUCGGUCAAAUGAUUAAAAUCGUUAAUGAGUCUAUGUAAUGACUCUGGAACGAGUAACUGGGCACCUACAAUAUUUUGGCUUCGAUUUAACACACAGAAAUAUUCAUCUCAGGUUGUCAUUUUAAUUUAAGCUUCGUUUGUGUAUUUUAAUAUUUCUUAAUUUAUAAAUUCUAGUCACUUUAAUAUAAAAUAAAAAUGAUCUAUUCAA